AUGGUGGAGGCCGUGAUGGCUUUUCCGGCGUGCCCUGCAGGUGUCCAGGAUGUACCACAGCAUCGCGUGCACCACCGCACAUGGCAGUCGCACGGCGGCCUGCUGUCAUGGGCAUUGGGCGAGCUGUUCGGGCCUCGACUGCAGAUCAAGCCAGUGGCCGCUCAGCUGUUUAGCGGCAGCCUCGCCCCCGAGCGCGUUCAGGUCCAGCGGCAGGCGCGGCCGACGAGGCCCGCAGUGAGGGGUCCAGUGGCAGCCGCCGUUGACCAGGAGGCCCGACUUUGGUGCAGCGAGCACCAGGAGGCAGCGUCGGCCGCGAGUCCACUGGCAGCCAGGGCAGCCAUGGCCCUCGAUGAGGAUAUUGGGGAAGUCAUGGCGGAGAGAUUCGUGGAGCUGACGCUGUACGCCAAGAAGCGUUCCAACGGGUAUGCUCAAGAAGAGCGGCCGCAUGCACAGGAGCCCGACUCAGAGAGCGGCGAGGAUAAGGAGGAUGAUCGGCUCUACGCACUUCCCAGCGUCUACCUAGCAGAGCUGCCCAUCAACAUCACGGAGAAUGGUGUGCGCCAUAUCCUGCAAGAGGUGGAUGCCUACGUUCCCGAAUUGGUAGCCGUGAACUUCCUGCAGCAAAAGAGCAAGGGCAGCCAUCGCUGCUGCCUCUUGAGGUAUCCCAACUUAGAGACGGCGGAGGAGGUCGCCCAGAGGGUGAAUGGCUUCAUGGUCUACCAUCCCGACGACAAGACAAGGCCGGUUCGAGCGAAGGUGGCAAAGCACGCCAGGAUGUUCAACCAGUUUUGCACGGAUGUCUAUGUUGGCGAGGUCCCUUUCGACUGGAACGCCUCGGCCGUGUACAGACUUUUGGCAGAGGCAGGCAUAGAGCGGGGUGCAGUGCACUCGGUGAAACUGCUCUCCCUCCGGCCGGGUCGCUCCACAGUAGGUGUGAUUCUUCGCGUUGUCGACGGCGACGCCGCCGAUGAGGUCAUGGAGAGGCUCAAUGGCUACGAGUUAAUUGUCCGUGGCAAGCCCAGGCCUUUGAAAGCAAGGCUUGCCGACGCACCCCAAUGGCCCGAAGCUCCGGAGUCAAGGAAGCCAGCACCAAAACAGCAGAUGAGGCGCCCUCGCGACCAAACCCAGCUCCAAUGA